AUGUCUUCCGAGCUUGCUUCUUCCACCGCAACGUAUUCGUCUUCACAGAUGGGGGUUUUGAGCCAGGCUAGUCUCAUGAACAAAUUUCUUUCUUUCUUGUUGAAGCUCCUACCUGAUCCUGGUCAUCCGCAUGGUCCCGACGGUCCUGCAUCACGUCUAUUUAGUGUGUUUGCGGAUAGGACACGCAAAGAGGCAUUUAUUGAAUUGAGCAUCAUUCUCGGGUUCACGAUACUCGUUAGUUGCACCUAUAAAGUGGUGAGUAGCUGCAAACUCCGUACCAUGUUUCUGUCAGAACUGAUAACUUCGAUCAACGAAGCUCUGCUAUAUGACGAUGCAAACCGAGAGAAGGCCGUUGCACGGAAGGAGGUCAUGAUUGUGCAACAGACUCGAACUCUUCAGUUGGACGUCGAGAUUGCGCUUUACAAGCGUCUUGCUGGAGUUCUUGAGCAUUCCGCGGCAACUGCUCGAGACAGAGCCAGCGACCUCGAGAUGGAAAAGGAAUUAUUUGUGGAAGAGCUUAUAAGGGAUGUUUGUGAUAAUUCAGGACAGCUCUCGGCUAUGCGUCGUACGACCGCCACCAACGAGGAAUAG